CACACACACACACACACACACACACACACACACACACACACAGCGCACCUAAAAACACAGCGUGAUAUAUGAUACCGCGCAUGCGCACUGAAGUGCAAAAAGCACCACAAUACUCCAAGUGACUUAUCCACAAUCCUUAAUCGGAGCCGGAAACAGUGUGAAUGAUCUCGUUUCAGAAAUAUUUAAAGAGACGCCGAGUGAAUGUGGGAGCAAAAGUGUGAGAAAAGGAAAUGGCCAGUGAGCUCGACUUGCACGGCUUGUUUGAACACAACGGCACCUUCGAGUAUGGGGACUACGAGUAUAAAGAGGACUGCAUCAGGACCAGGACCAUUGUGGCAACCUUUUUCUCCGUUUUGUACUCAGUGGCACUGCUGCUGGGACUUUUGGGGAAUGUCUUGAUGCUCGUUGUGCUGUGGCAGAAGAGGUGUAGCUGGAGCGUGACAGACGCCUUCGUGCUUCACAUGAGCGUGGCCGACCUGCUGCUGCUCCUCACCGUGCCACUUUGGGCAGUGGACGCUGUGCGAGGGUGGAGCUUUGGCAGUGGAGUGUGUAAGCUGACUGGAGUGUUGUUUAAGAUCAACUUCUACUGCUGUAUCUUCCUGCUCACCUGCAUCAGCCUGCAUCUUUACUGUUCCAUAAAUCAUACCAGGCAGAUGGGCUUAUGUAGAAAGCCCAGGCUGGUACAUCUCCUCUGCCUUGCUGUUUGGAUCUUCUGUCUUAUUCUCUCCAUCCCGGACUGGAUGUACCUGAAGGCUGCAAGUAAUUCCAAUAGAGAGAAUGAUAUCGAAUGUGUGUACGAGUACCCAUCUCGAGCAUCACGCGUGGCUUCGUGUUUGUGCUUCCAUGUGUUGGGGUUUUGGAUUCCUGCCAUAGUGCUGCUCAGCUGUUAUACUUGUGUCCUGGAGCAGUGCAGAUCCGAUCAAUAUGUGCAGAAGCGGAGAGUCGUAUACAUCAUCCUUGUUCUCUGUGUCGUCUUUUUCCUCAGCUGGACACCCUACAACAUUGCUCUGGUAGUAGACACCUUUCAAGAUUUACCCAGCAAAUCCACAGAGUCUUGUGACAAUCACAGGUGGACUGCAUUGAAAAUCACACAUGCUGUGGGUGUCCUUCACUCCUGCUUCAACCCUCUGAUCUAUUUGGGGUUAUCAGAAAAAUUCAGACGCUGGAUGUUAACCGUCGUGACGUGCGGCAGUUGUGCAGUGGAGAAUGGUGAUUUUUUCCCAUGGGAUUUUAGAGAAAUUGACACACCAACUUCUGUGCCACAGGAGGAAAAAGGAUCACUGUGUCCAACGAAUGAUACUGAAAUGACAGUUACACAGACACAGCAGAAAAACAAUAACGACAUUGUCUGAUCAUGAUACGGACCCAAAAUUCUUGUUUGUAAGUGAAAUGCUGGUUUGCAAAAGAAGUUUGUAUAUUUUUUUAUAAUGUGAGCAAGUCUUCAAAAGCCAAAUAUAUGUACAUGGGGUCCCAUUUUUAUCAAAGUGUGCAUAGAACAAUAUACACAUUUGUGUGUAAAACCCCCAGUACACAUACAUUGGUAUUUAUGUGCACUCACACUCACACACAGCCGAACCCAGUGAAUGUAAAUAAAUCCAACAAAACGCUGCUCUCUUUAAACAGCACAGCAGGGUGCUUGUGGUAGUAGGAACUUAUGCUACCGUUACAAAUAGAAGCAUAAAAAGCCAGAACAGUUUAGUUCAUACUUUUUAUAUCCUUCUUCCCCACUUACAUUAUGAAGACCUUUCAGGGCAUGAGAAAGUAGUGUGAGUGAUAUAAAUAAAGGGAAGACAGGUCAUUAAUCCUCUUGUUCAUAAGUAUUAUGCAUAAUACAGCAAUUUUUUUUGACUCAUUUGAAAUUCAUUUGUCUGAUACUGAAAUCAAUGUAGAGAAAAUGAGAGUAAGACCUGUUUCUAAAUACUUACUAAAAUGCACCUGUGAGGGGAAAAAAAGACUAAAAAGACAUUUGAGAUAAAGAUUUAAUCAGCACACUCAGCAGAGCAUUUCCUGUUCUGAAACACGUUGUUUCCUUCUGCAAAGCUGUGUCUUAUACAGCAGUCUUGAAGCAAAGCAUCGUGCGAACCAGUAUUUAGCAGUACAAUUUAUACAGUUUUAAUAAGCGUGUUGUCUCUGUCACAUGUCUGCAUCUCAUGUGCAGAAGAAUCAACUCAUGAUGAUAUAAUUGAUAGUCAGUUGGACUGAUCACAAUAACCUGCUAUUACAUCUUGCCAAUACCAGCAAAACCCCAAGGUUUCCUGCAUAUGUCCAUUUAGCAAGCAUGCAUAAAUAUACACAAUUUCUCAUGAAAAACUUGAUCAGUUACAUUAAGGGAAAUGUGGGCAGAUAAAUGAGACCCUUGAUAACAAAUGAAAAGAUUUUAAUUUUCAAAGAUUUUAAGUAUUAUAUAUAUAUAUAUAUAUAUAUAUAUAUAUAUAUAUAUAUAUAUAUAUAUAUAUAUAUAUAUAUAUAUAUAAUUUUUUUAUUUUAAAUUUUUUCCUGAUACUUUCCUGAUACUGAUAUCAGUGUUGUAAGCUAUGUAGCUAGUUCUAUGGUUUAGUUAGUGUAGCUAGUUCUUGGUUCUGUUUGGUGUGCAGAGGUGAACCCUGUAUCACAUAUCAGUGAAUUCUUAUUUCUGCACUUACUUACACAAACAGCAGAAUCAUGAUGACUUCCCUUCCUAGAAUCAUGAGAUAAUUUCCCUCAGUUUAAGUGCUGCUUGUGAGCCAGAGUCAUGUGCCUUGUCUUUUUCUGUCAGUGUUGUUUCCAGUAUUGCAUAAGCUGUGUCAGUUUGUUGGAUGAAGUGCUUUCUUGGGAUUUCCAUCGAAAUGGGAGUUUUGCAACAUGUUAGAACAUUUUAUGGUUGUGCUUUUGGAUAGACCAGCACAUUAGAGAAAGAGGAGCAAUGCAAGAAGAAACAUAUGUGAUUUAUACAGAUACAAAAUUGCACUUUACUGUAUAGUACAAAAGUGAUUGUUGUAGAAGGUUGAAUUUCUUAAAAAAAAAGAUAAUAAUGUUACUUGUGAAGAAGUGUUGGUUUGACACAGCUUCUCUGAAAAGGAGAACACCAGCAGUUGCAGUUUUUUCAAAGUGAAUAUUUUUUUUUUUUGCAAAGACUCAGCUUUAACAAACAGGAUGACAAACGAAGAAGGUUUGAUAAUAAUAAUAGAGUUUAAAUAUGUAGUGUCAUUACCUUAUUUGGCAGCUCUCCAAACGGAACUUCCUGAAGGAUGUAAUAUGCAUAGCAUGACAAUGAUUAGCUGCAAUAACAAUUAUGUCAUUGAAAUGCCAAACGUGUGUGUGUGAGUACUAUAGUGUAUAGUAAUGUAGGGUGGGACUUAUGUGACAGGUCUCCAAAAGAAAAUAUUUAAAUUAAUUCAAAUGCAUAGCAUAAUAAUAAUCAGCUGUAUUAACAAUUAUGUCAAUGGGAAUGUUUGGGUGUGGGUGUGGGUGUGGGUGUAAUAGUUUAUGAUAUUACAUUGGCAGGCGAAGACUGUCAUGUCUCUGUGUAUACUGACAAUAAAGGCGUUAUUCAUCUUUC